AUGGAUCCUGAGAUAUUCAUGCGAGAUCGUCAAAUUUUUCGCGAGAAGCUCCUGGAGUGGGCUAGAGUAUUGACUACAGAACCUGUUCCAGAAACAGCUCACAUUGAGAUCAGCACCGGCCUCGAGGAUAUGGUUAGGGACAUUGAAAUCCUCGGAACACCGCCACCCUUGAGAUCUCUGAACGCGGAAGAUUUUGAUCUAGUCGAGACUGCAUCCAUAUCUAUAUCCAUGUCCACUCUUGGUCUCCAAACAGAAAACGGCGAGGACGAAGACCUCCCCGAAGGAUUCGAGCAGAUCGAUCCAUGCGCCGAGGCUAAUUUUGGCCGCCUUUGCUCCAAGGAUGGGACUGUGCGGGAUACCUUGUCCUGGGCAGUUGAGUUACUGCGACGGAGGCAUGCGCCUGUCUCGGAUAUUGCGAUGAUUCUCGACAUGCUGGCGUUGCAUAUCGGUAGACUUCGAUGGAUGCCGGUGAUGGCGGAAGGAAAAGGGAUUAUGGUGGAUUCGCAUGCGGAUGAGAUGGAUGAGAUGGCUCGACGAGGUUAUGACUCUCGUCAGAACCUGACAAAUGUAUAUCUCCAGGCGGUUUGGAAUCGAUUGGAUAGUUGCAUGGAGUGCAAUUGUGACAAGUGUGGUCUAGUUCGACAGUAA